AUGAAUCCUCAUCAACAGAAUAAGGUCGAUAUCAGCUCUCUGAGCCCAGAUGAGCAACGUCUAUUCCGCAUGUAUGGCAAGAUGCCCAACAAGAAAGAUGUUCUGCAGAACAAGCUGAAGGAGCGUAAAUACUUCGACUCUGGAGAUUACGCUCUCAGCAAGGCCGGCAAGGCCUCAGAUGUCGGCGUAACCAACAUCGGAUCCCGCCACCCAGUCCCCGAAAACAUUCCACACCUCACCGCAACCUCUCCCGGAGCCAACAACCCCGCCGCUGCUACCGGUAACGGUGGUAGCAUUAGUGCUCAAGGUGGUCAACAGAUCCCCGGCAGUCUGAGCGGACACCCCGGCUCCAUCGGAUUCCAGAGCCGUAGCCCCAUUAAAGAGGGGUACCUGCACCGGAAUUCUAGUCUUAGUGAGGGUUCAACUGGACCUGAUUCCCAGGAUAAGGAGCCUAAGGAACCGAGUGUGAGUCCUCCACCUGCUCGGGAGGGAGUUCCCAUUCAUCGGUGA